AUGCCAUCCAUUCACGAUAGUAAAUGCGUCCUCGUGACAGGUGCUACAGCUGGCAUUGGCCGAGCCCUGGCUCAUGCGAUCAGCGACCUUCCCAGUAAACCUCGUGUUAUUGCCACAGGAAGGCGCCAAGAUCGUCUCGAGGAGCUACGCCCGAAGAUGGAGACGAUUCAGAUCGAUUUCGACACAGACAAGGAGACGAUCAAGAAAUUCGUGGACGAUACCAUCUCUAAGUAUCCCGAUCUAGACACUAUCGUCCUCUCUGCGGGGAUCCAGUACGAGACCUGGUUUGAGAAACCACAGACUAUCGAUCUCGACAAACUUUUGAGCGAACUGAACGUCAACUACACAUCUAUCCUGGCGACCAUAACUUACUUCCUACCACACCUCCUAAAGCUUGGCGCCGAGGGGAAGCCAUGUUUCAUCUGCCCAGUCACGUCUGGAUUGGGGAUAACGCCGGGUCCUUGGGUUGCUAACUACUCUGCAACCAAGGCUGCUUUGCACUCGCUGAGCUACUCUCUCCACGCGCUCUUACAAGGGACAAACGUGCACAUCAUGGAGAUUAUUCCACCGCUCGUCGAGUCCGAGCUUCACGAUGCCGAGGGAACGACCGAGAGGCUGUCGAAGAUAUGGAUGCCGUUGGACGAGUACAUCCGCGUUACGAUGGAUGGACUGAAGAAAGGCGAUGUUCAUAUCUCCGCUGGAGCGUCUCUUGCUGGGCUGGAGAAGUUCGAAACUGGAAAAGACGAAGCAGUCAUCAAGUCCUUAGGAUUUAGGAAAGCCUGGGAUGCGUGA